CACCGGAAAUUCGCCUUCUUAUCCACUCAAUGACCCAUAAUUAAGUUGACGACUACUAGUGUAUCCGGAAAUCUGGGUGCCUGUUAUCAACAUCUAUCUAUUGUGAAUUGCAUCUCCUCCUCGGACCCUAUCAGGAACCCUUUGAAGAGGCUAUAUGGGACAAAGCCAUGGCAUUUGUUGUCUGACGGACAUCUUCCAAAGCAAAAGUGUCUAUUGGCCCCCAGCCUUAAUCUUGAGCCACCGUUACGUAUGCUCAUGAAAUAGCUUUGAGCCACGUCUCACUGUCCGAUCGAUCAUUCGCGCAUGAGGAAAACGAGAUUCACUAACUCGUACCCUUUGUCAUACACCUUUGAUUGGUUGCUCUUAGCGUGCUCACCUUGCAUUCAUCUAAAGGCGCUGCCUUGAGUUAAAUAUACGUCUGCCUUCAUGGUCUUGCGCAAACGGGCUCCGCCACACCUGUACAGUCUCAACAAGGGUAAUGCUCGUUCUGAACCUCGUUCUGCGAUCUCACAGAUCUCCCCUACCUCCAAAUCCGUGUCGUCUUCAUCCCCGAAACGCUUGACGCGCCCGAGACGAGCUCAAAGCUCUCCACAACCCCAUCGGCUUCCCUCUCAAGAAUCAGUAUUUUCUCCCGAUCUUAACACGUCCCCUGCAUUUGAUUUAAUGCCCUUGGAGCAAGCUCAGAGGUCUCCAGUUCGAUCCUCACCGAGCGAAAACAUGAACCCAUGGGCGGAUGAACUGGUGGAGCGACCCGGCCAGAACCAUCAGGGAUAUAACGGUUCGGGGCAAUCAAUCGCUGAUAAUGCUCCACCAGCCGAGAGUGCGGAGAAUAGAAGGGGAGACCGUGUGCCGUCUAUCCUUGUUGCUGGUACCCAACGGAGGAUGGCCGCAAACGAAUGGCAGCAAAACGGAGACGUCAACGAGGCUCCCGACUGGGAACACGUAGGAAACUCCCCAGCUCCGCUGCAGUCCAACAAUCCGUUCUUGAAGCCACGACAACCUGAACAGAAUCCAUGGGAGGACAGAAGCCCUCGCCCCUUCUCAGAAGCAACUUCUGCAUCACAGGAUAGUGCAAAUGCACGUUUGGGACAAGAUGAAGGUUAUAUUCCAAUGACAGCGCGCUUAUCGCUUUUUGACUCGCCAUCAGAGUCUCCAUGGGCUGGAGAACGAUCUGCAGUGCCCCCGCCGAUCCUGCACGAAAAUCAGUACCCUGCGCAAGAUCCGCCAUACCCCCCUCAAUCAGCAGCUGGGGCUGCGAACGCCCAGUCUCCUUUCCAACCGCCUCUGACUACUCCUUACGAUAAUCCAAAUACAUAUUCUCCACAACCGCAUCAGCAAGGGAAUCAAGCAAACCUAUCACCGUGGAAUGAAAUAGAUACACCUGCUACAGUUUCUACUGCAAACACUGGGUCUUCGCAUGUUCUAAUUGACCUCAAUGAGGCAUCAGAUGCACAUAUACAAACGAACGAGCGUACGGCAGCAUCCUCCGUGUAUUCCGACAUGAACGGGAGCCAACCACACCCAAUACCACCAGAGAACAGUCAGCUAGGCGCUGCACCACCUCUUCCUGACCGCUCAAAUAUUCCACAACCUAGUCAACCGACUUCUGAUACCCCAGUCUCCGAACAGAGAUCUGAAACUUAUUCGAUCAGGCAUGUCAAUUGGACUGACGCCACGGGAAAGCUGCGCGACUGCCCGAUCCUCGCUCAAAAUAAAAACGGACCAUGCCCAUUGCUAGCGCUGGUUAAUGCUCUCGUGCUGCGGUCACGCCCCGAUUCACAGCCUCCUAUAAUCAGAGCGCUACAAACACGAGAACAGAUAUCUCUUGGUCUGUUGAUCGAAGCUUUGUUCGACGAGUUAACGACAUGCCUGGGGCCGGAUGACGAGCUUCCAGACAUUGAAGCCCUGAGUAGAUUUUUGACUAUGCUCCACACGGGCAUGAAUGUCAAUCCACGACUCACGCUGGAGUCUAGCGAUUCGGUAGGCACGUUCCUAGAAACUAAUGAUAUUAAGUUCUAUGGCACUUUCGGCGUCCCGCUGCUACACGGUUGGAUCGCUGAACCGUCAACAGAGGCCGAUGGGGCGUUGACUCGUGUGGCUCAAUUCUAUGAAGAUAUCCAACUUCUUCCCUUCCGCAAACAAGAACUCGAGGAUCGUGUAUUUCGAGGCGGGUCACUCACCCCAGAGGAAGAGCAAAGCAUGAACGAUAUUCAAGUCAUUCAGCAUUUCACGGAGAUUGAGAAUGCCACCCAGCUCAGCACAUUCGGGAUUCAACAUUUGACAGAAAAGCUGCCACCAGGGUCACUAUCGAUUCUAUUUCGUAAUGACCACUUCUCUACCCUCUAUAAACACCCACAAAACCAUCAGCUUUUCACACUAGUUACUGACGCUGGAUACUCCCAUCGGGCGGAAAUCGUAUGGGAGUCUCUCGUUGAUGUCAGUGGAUCUCAAUCCAGCUUCUUUGCGGGUGAUUUCCGCCCUGUCAGCCAUACCUCGACGGGGACCUCCGAUCCAUCCGGUCCCAGAACGUCCAGCAAUACUCGGCAUUCUGGAACCCCCGCGGCAAUCUCACAAGAACAGCAAGGCAGAGCAUUAUCUCCACAGGAGCAGGCUGAUGCAGAUUAUGCUUAUGCCUUGUCCCUUCAACUACAGGAAGAAGAGCAACAAGCCAGUGGCAGGACUCCCCGUGACCGUAAUCAGCGAGCUUCCGUUCCAUACUACCCUCAAGGGCCCUCUGAGGGGCCACCCCCUGCUCGCCACCGCUCUACAGGGCAUCGUCCUUCACAACAACCCGAGCGACACUCGCCGUCUCGGGACGCCGAUGAUGUUCCGCCGCCUUCUUAUGAACAGGUGGCCAAUAAUGCAGCCUAUCAGUCACCUCCACGAAGUUCCAACAAUAGAGCUGCGCCUUAUGUAGCUCCAUACCAAAGAGCCCAGUUCGGAAGACGACCGCCAGGUGUGCCUAUAGCGAUCGGACCAUCGGAUCGCCCCAAAGACCGAAAUAAGGAUUGUAUUGUCAUGUGAACUCAGCAGGAAAUCUACCGCUACCGGUGCUAGUUUGACGAUAUGUUUGAUGACGAAACGAAACAGUACUGGCGUAUGAACUUAUGUACUUUAUAUAGACACGAAUCGGGAAGGGUGGCCGUAUCUUUUUCUACAUUGUUCAAGAAGGCGAGAUAUUAUUCGCCUAGGUCGUGUUAGGGUAACAGGGCGCUUUUCCUUUUUGAUGGAGCGGAUGUACCGGCUAAUCGUAUAUGGAUGUAUCUUCUGUUGUAGAUCCCUACUACAAUUGUUAGGAGGGCUUAUAUAGCGAUGGUAGUGUCUAUGCAUUUAGGCUGUUUUUCAUAGCAUUCCGGAAUAUAGGUCAUUUGUGACGGGGAGAGAUUUCUCCCAUCUUUU